AUGCACAAUGCCGGAACGGUAGUAUUGCGCUCAGCAAGCAACUGCUUGCACCUCUCAUCAUUUCAACUUCCAACUCGAACAUUCCAACCCUUUUCCUUCUCUUCACCCGCGUCGAUCCUGCGGCGUCUCUAUAUAAGACCUCGAUGGUACGAUCCUGCAUCUCAUCUGAGCGUUAAUGAGUUCCAGCGGCGAACCUUCUCCCAAUCCACCCCAGUCAGCUUCCGCACAUCUACUGCGCUGCAGAUUCUCAAACCCUAUGGCGCAAAUAACAAGACUGAGCGGGGCUUGAAAUUCGAAGAUGGGGAAAUUGACAAAAUAGAACUUGAAGCCAUCUUUGGUCGGGAUCCCCCUUCCAAAAGGUUAGGAAAUCGCCUGCUACGAGUCUUGCACGGACGGCGUACAGACGGAACGUUAGAUCUCCCACUGCCUCCAGACCUGGAAACAGAGCUGGAAGAUUACCCACAUGCAGUGGAGGACGGUCUCCAGUUUCUCCGGGACGCGUUUCCUAUUGACGAAGACGCGGCCAUACUGGCGCGGAUUGAAAGAGAAGAGGACCCCGAGGAGAAGGACAAUCCGUCGGAGUUAAUGCAAAGAGGGCAAGACCUGGGCUUAUACCGUGGCCCCCAAAGUGGCCACUACCACGCCGAGCUGAGCGAGAGAGAUGGCGAUGUCUACGGUCGGAGUGAACUGGAUCGAAUGCGGGCCGAGAACCUGGCGGAAGCGGAGAGAGAAGAACGAGAAAUGCAAGAGCAGAUCGAUAUACAACAGGCCAAGGCUCGGGAAGAGCAGACUACAGCGCUUGCACAGCGGCCGGACCAAGGUCUUACCUCUACACAGGAAGUGAGACCACCGAAUGAGUUUGAGAAGUGGAGGCUGAAGGCGAGGAACCGAGCACAGUCCAAGUUGACCAUGGACUCGCCGGAGAUCGCGCAGCAGUCGGCCCUCAGGCGGCUCAUGCCGUCGUUCAUUCUCGUCUCGGUGCUGACGUCGGGCUGCUACCUCUUGUCGCAGUACUGGGAGCGACCGAAGCAGUCGGAGCGCUUCAUGCCUACUGUGUCAUUAUCUUGGGCAACUAUCAGCACGAUUAUUGGCCUCAAUAUCACGGUUUUCUUCGCCUGGAGAUGGCCAGGAUGUUGGAAGCUUCUCAACAAAUUUUUCAUCACUGUCCCUGGCUACCCGUACGCCUUGAGUCUCCUCGGAAGCAUGUUCAGCCACCAGACACUCUCGCAUCUGGCAAUGAACAUGAUCCCGUUGGCCAUUUUUGGACUUCCUUUGCAUGAAGAAGUCGGGAGAGGCGCUUUCCUGGCCAUUUUUCUCUCAUCUGGUCUGAUCGGAGGCUUCGUAAGUCUAGCACGAUACUCGGUCCAGAAGGUAUUCGUCACGACGACGCUGGGAGCCAGUGGAGGUGUCUUUGGCGUCGUGUCUGCAUAUCUUACACUUCAUUCAGAGAAUAAAUUCUCGAUCAUCUUCCUACCUAGGGAAUGGACUGAGCAGCUCAACCUCAGCGGUGGUGUUCUACUGACAUGUCUGGGUGCCAUGCAGUUGGUUGGGGCACUCCGUCCGACCAAGACCAUCGCCUACGUGGACCACCUUUUUGGUAUGGUUGUAGGGAUUGUUAGUGCUCUCUGGUGGAGCAACAAUCAGAAGCGAAAAAGGGAGGCCCUCAAGAAGAACGCCUCGGCGGGUAUCUGGGACCGUUUGUUUGGGACCAAAUGA